AUGGGACUUCCUUCCACUAUCGGAGGGCCAUCUUGUUCUGUUCCGCUAGUGCCAGAAGACCUGAAAUUUUCCUCCUUUUUUGCCUGGGGCAUCUUCCAUCUUUUUUUUUGUCUACCCUUGGACCCGAGAAAUUCUGCAAUUUGUAGGAUCUUAUUGUCUUCAGCUGCACUUUUCGCCAGACGGAACCAUGUGAAAAACCCUACCCGACAUCAUCUAGGGUUUUCAUUUUGGGGGAAUAUUCGCUACUGGAGAUCCAUUGACACGUUUUCUACCGGGGACCUCUUUCCGAACAGAGACCCUUUUUCCACCAUAGGGAUUCUUACGUCAUCGGUUUUGAAGCCUUCCUCGCCCAUUUUAAAUUAGUUAGUCAAUAAGCUUUCGCAUUAAGGGAGAUCUCCUAGUUUGGCUGGCUUAAAUUUUUGUUGUUAGCCUUUAGUAGAUGUAAUAAUGUAUAUGUUAA